AUGUCAGGCAGAUUCGCCUCGACCACCGCCGAGGGCGUCCAAGCUUCGGGCAGCGGCAGGGCACGUAUCACCGCUAUUGGCGUACUCAUUGCUGCCGUUGGUGGCGUCACCGGUGUGGUCUACGCUGCUGAGGGUGGCAACCAGGGCGAGGAGGCUGGCCUCUUUGCCAACCUCAAGAAGAAGUUCACGGCUCAGACGAACAAGCUGCUCAACAUCGACGAGAACAAGAAGAUCUUGCCAGACGCUCACCCUCCUCCGUAUGGCAAGCCCAUCACAGUGGUCAUCUCGGACGACGUCCUGCUCGUGCAAGAAUAUCAGCCGCUCUCCGGCGGUAUGCUGACGAAGAAGCGCCCUGGCGUUGAGUUCUUCCUGGCCCAGCUCAGCCAAGACUACGAGCUCGUCAUCUGGAGCUUGCAGCAAGUCAUGAGCUUUGGCCCCGUCAUCGAAAAGCUGGACCCGAACCAUCACGCGGCGCACCGGGUCUACGUCGACGCUACGGUGGUCAAUGCCGAGGGCAUGAACGUGAAGGACCUCAAGUUCCUCAACAGACCAUUGGACAAGACGAUCGUUUUGGACAUCAGCCCGGAUCACGUGGUGCAGAAGGAGAACCUCAUCGUGGCCCCUAAGUACGACGGCAGGCUCGAAGACGUCUACCUCUUGGAGAUGCUCAACUUCUUCCGGCUGUUGGCCGCCUCGUCCAAGUCGCAGAGCGGAGUGCCCGAUGUGCGCAACUGGGUGGCGGCCAUGAACAAGAAAGGCCCGCAGUACUUCAAGGAGCUGUACGCCGACGCUGUGAAGAAGGCCAAGGACAGGGCCGAGGAGGAGAGGAAGAAGAGGGAGGAGCAGCUUCAGAUGCGUGACGUCGGCAACACCGGCAGGAAGUGGUAA